AUGGCGCCGAGGAAACGCAAGACUACUGAGCAAGAAGAAAAGCAGCUGGUGGCUCAGGACUCGGGUCAGCGAGUGACUCGGAGUAUGGCUCGGCCGGCUCCGAGUGGGAGCUCGGCUGAGCCACGAGCCGUGGCGCCGCCGGCGAGGAAGAAGGCCAAGGGAGCUCAGAAGAAGAAAGAGCCGGCGAAGAAGGAAGAGGUGGAGGUGGAAGAAGCGGAAGCGGAAGCUGUGAAGGAAGAGGAGGACAACUCCGGCGAGAGCAAGGCGGAGGCCGACGCGGAGAACGAGAACAAGAAGAAGAAAGGGAAGGAGAAAGUGGAGGCCGAGGUGGAGAACAAGGAGGAGAAAGGGAAAGCGAAAGUGGAGGACGACGGAGAAGGUACGGAGGCUGACGACGACGAGUCGGACAAGAGGACCAUUGUGAUUGAGCAUUGCAAGCAAUGCAAGUCAUUCAAGGUAAGAGCUGAUCAGGUCAAAAAUGGUUUGGAGAAAGGUGUUCCUGGCAUCAAAGUUCUACUAAACCCUGAUAAGCCAAGAAAAGGAUGCUUAGAGAUACGGGAGGAAGGCGGCGAGACAUUCCUCAGUCUUCUGGACAUGAAACGACCAUUUUCAAAAAUGAAGGCGCUGAACAUGGAGGAAGUCAUUAACGAUAUAGUUGAAAAAAUCAAGUGAACAAUGUGAUGCAUCGCAUUCUAGAGGAGCUUUUGAUAGUUGGAGUAACUGUCUUUUUUGGGUAAACCAAGUUUAUU